AUGCCCACCAUCCGUGUUUGUCCGUCUCAGCUUGCUAUGACGACAAGAGACUCCAUCAUAUUUAACACUCGGACAAGCAACGUCUUUUCGACUUUCUAUCUUUCAAGUCAUUAUACACCCAUCUCUCUCUCAAUUCAUUAUACAUCCCUCUAUCUUUCAAUUAAUUAUAUAUCUCUAUAUCUUUCAAUUCAUUAUACAUCUCUCUAUCUUUCAAUCUAUUAUACAUCUAUGUUUCAGUCUAUUAUACAUCUUCUAUCUUUCAAUCUAUCAUACAUCUAUCUAUCUUUCAAUUCAUUAUACAUCUUCUAUCUUUCAAUCUAUCAUACAUCUUUCUAUCUUUCAAUUCAUUAUACAUUUCUCUAUCUUUCAAUCAAUUAUACAUCUAUCUUUCAAUUCAUUAUACAUCUCUCUAUCUUUCAAUCUAUUAUACAUCUAUGUUUCAGUCUAUUAUAUAUCUUCUAUCUUUCAAUCUAUCAUACAUCUUUCUAUCUUUCAAUUCAUUAUACAUUUCUCUAUCUUUCAAUCAAUUAUACAUCUAUCUUUCAAUUCAUUAUACAUCUCUCUAUCUUUCAAUCUAUUAUACAUCUAUGUUUCAGUCUAUUAUAUAUCUUCUAUCUUUCAAUCUAUCAUACAUCUUUCUAUCUUUCAAUUCAUUAUACAUUUCUCUAUCUUUCAAUCAAUUAUACAUCUAUCUUUCAAUUCAUUAUACAUCUCUAUCUUUCAAUCUAUUAUACAUCUAUGUUUCAGUCUAUUAUACAUCUUCUAUCUUUCAAUCUAUCAUACAUCUUUCUAUCUUUCAAUUCAUUAUACAUUUCUCUAUCUUUCAAUCAAUUAUACAUCUAUCUUUCAAUUCAUUAUGCAUCUCUCUAUUAUAUCAUUCACUUACUUUCUCUUUAUAUCACUUCAUUUUUAUUCAUGAUACUUCUCUCUCUCUCUCAUUUUCAAUUUCUCGCCAUCUAUGUCUCUCACACGCGCUCUUUGUGCAAAGCACUUUCUCUUUUUACAAUUCAAUAUAUUCUCUUAAUCUCUUUCUUCUUUCUCUCUCAGAGUUUCUCGCUCUCUCACACUCUCUCUGUCUCCUCCUCUCUCUCUUUCUGUCCUUUGUUUUAUCAUCACAAAUCCAAAGUUCUCUUAACUAUGGUCAAUUUUUAUCCAAUGCUACUCCUUCGUACUUCCUGCAAGAAAAAAAACAAAACUUUUACUUUAUUUUCUUUCAUCACAUUCUCUCUCUUCUAUCUAUCUAUCUAUCUAUCUAUCUAUCUAUCUAUCUAUCUAUCUCAGUCUAUUUCUAUCUAUCUAUCUAUCUAUCUAUCUAUCUAUCUAUCUAUCUAUCUCUAG